AUGCGAAAAAUUGUUAGUAAAAAAAAGCGAAGAUAUCAACAAGAUGGUUUCGAUCUUGAUUUAUCAUAUAUUCGACCAAAUAUUAUUGCAAUGGGAUAUCCAGCUAAUAGUUAUGAAGGAGUUUUUAGAAAUAAUAUUUAUGAUGUUAGCCGAUUUUUGUCAUCAAAACAUGGUGAUAAAUUUUAUGUAUAUAAUUUAUGUGUAGAAAAUGAACGUCAAUAUGAUGGAUCUCGUUUUAAUAAUAAUGUAUGUACAGAUUUUAGUUUUGAAGAUCAUAAUCCACCUCCAAUGAAAAUGAUAUUGGCCUUUUGUCAACAUGUUAAAACACAAUUAAAUUUAAUGACUGAUAGAACAAUUGUUAUACAUUGUAAAGCAGGAAAAGGUCGAACUGGUGUUAUGUCUUGUUGUUUUCUUCUUUAUUAUUAUCGAGAUGAAUUUAAUGAUCCAUUAGAAACAUUAAGAUUCUAUGCUCAACAAAGAACAUCUAAUGAAAAAGGUGUUACUAUACCUAGUCAACGUCGUUAUGUUGAAUAUUUUGGUCAUUUACUUAAUUAUCAAUUAAUAUAUACACUUAAACAAAUUGUUUUUACUGGUUUAUUAAUAACAUAUGAACAAAAUCAAGUUAUUAAUUCAAGUAUAUCUUAUACAGUUAGUUCAUAUAAUCGUCGAAUACAAUAUCAAUCAUUUGAAUUUUCUCUUGAACGUGAUAUAACUAUGCAUCAAGAUUCAAUAGCAAAUUAUUCUGUAUUAAAUGCAACACAUAAAUAUUUUAUACCAUCAUCAAAUCAACAAUGUCAAAUACCAUUAGAAGAAGAUGUUUUAAUUGAAAUUUUUUUAACAAAAACAAAACGUGGAAAACCAGAAAAAUUAUGUCAUUUUUGGUUUAAUACAUUUUUUCUUGUUGAUUCUAAAAUGCAAAUUUUAUUAAGUAAUUAUAAUGAAAAACAUCCAGAAAGUAAUUUAGGUGUACUUAGUUCAUGUCUUAUACCAGAAUUUGGACAUAAACAUUUAUAUACAAUAAUAAAAAAAGAUAUUGAUGGAUUACAUAAAGAUAAAUUUCAUCGAUUAGUACCAGCAUCAUUUACAGAUCAUCAUUGUAUAUGGUAUGGACAAUGUGGAACUAAUCCACUUGGUCGAAUAACUAAUUGUUAUUACAAUGGUUCAGCAAAAUUAUUAACAGAUGAAACAGCAUUGAAAACAUUAGAAACUGCUUGUGGUAUGACAUAUCAUGGUGCAAAUAGUACAUAUACUUGUUGUGCACCUGAUCAAAUAGCUAAUAUGGCAAAUCAAUUUGGUAUGGCUAAAUUAAUGUUAGGACGUUGUCCAUCAUGUUAUUAUAAUUUUCGUUCAUUAUUUUGUUCAAUGACAUGUAGUCCAGAUCAUAGUCGAUUUUUAGCUAUUACAGAAACUGGUAAUAGUUCAUUAUAUCCUGGACGAAUAACUGUUGAAUCAAUAACUUAUACAAUAGCUGAUGAUUUUGCUGAACGUAUACUUAAUUCAUGCAGAGAUGUUUUAUAUCCUGGUGGUAAUCAACAUUCUCUUGAUACAAUGUGUGGUCGACCAUAUGAUCAAUGUACAAAAGAAUCAUUUAUGAAAUAUUUAGGUGAAGAUAAUCCAGCAGUACCAUUUCCAAUACAUAUUCUUUUUUCAAAUGAUACAACUGAUGAAAAUAGUUAUUAUAAUCAAACAACAUUUUUAUGUAAUGAACCUAUUAUAUCAAAAUAUGAAAAUAAAACAGCUUGUGGUUGUUUAGAUUGUCCUAAAUCUUGUAGUCCAUUACCACCAGAUGUUCCAGAUAAAAAAUUUAUAAUUUUUAAUAUAGAUGGAUGGUUUAUAAUUGCUAUUAUUGUUAUAAUAAUUUUAUUAUCAACAUUUUUUAUAUCAAUAUUUACAAUAACAAAAUUACGAAAAUCUCGUACAAAUGAAUAUGUAUCUACAGAAACAACAACUUUACUUGAUCCAUCAACUCGACAAAAAUCAAUUGGAUGUAUGAUGAAUAUUCGAAAACGUACUGAACGAUUAUUUGAACGAAUUUUUUUUCGUUUGGGUCUUUUCUGUGCUCAACAUUCAUAUAUUGUUUUAAUUAUUGGUUUUAUUAUCAUAACAAUUCUUUCAUGUGGUUUAAUUAAAUUUCAAGUAACAACUGAUCCUGUACAAUUAUGGUCAGCUAAAACAAGUAUUGCACGACAACAAAAAGACUAUUUUGAUAAACAUUUUAGACCAUUUUAUCGAACAACACAAUUAAUUAUUGUACCUGAUGAUCAAUCAUUUGUAACACAUUAUUAUUUAUCACCACCAGCACCACUUAGUGAAUAUACAUUAGGACCAGCAUUUGAAAUUGGUUUUCUAACACGUGUACUUGAUCUUCAAACAGAUAUACUUUCACUUACAGCUCAAUUAAAUGAAAAAAAUCGAACUGUUAGUUUAUCUGAUAUAUGUUUAAAACCAUUAGAACCUGAUAAUGAAAAUUGUACAGUUUUUUCCAUUCUUCAAUAUUAUCAAAAUUCAAAAGAAAAUUUAAAUAAACUUAUACAUGAUGAUUUUUUUACUUAUUUUGAUUAUGCAACACAUUUUAUGACUUGUUCACAAGCACCAACAACAACACGAGAUAAUCCAUUAGGUUUAUCAUGUUUUGGAGAUUUCGGUGGUACAAUUAAUCCAUUUAUGAUACUUGGAAAUUAUACAGAUGCAACAUAUGCAAAUGCAACAGCUCUUGUUAUUACUAUUGUUAUUGAAAAUUCGAAUGAUCCAGAAAAAAUUCAUUUAGCUGAAGCAUGGGAAAAAGUGUUUCUUGAUUAUAUGAAAAAUUUUACUGAAACACAAAAAUUUUUACGUACAUCUGGUCGUUGGAAUGAAACAGCUAAUUUUACUGUUUAUUAUAGUGCUGAACGUUCUAUACAAGAUGAAUUAAAUCGACAAAGUCGUUCAGAUAUAUUAACAAUAGCAAUAUCAUAUACAAUUAUGUUUCUUUAUGUAACAUUAACACUUGGUCAUAUACGUUCAUGGCGUACAUGUUUAAUUGAUUUAAAAAUUUCAGUUGGAUUUAUUGGUGUUCUUUUUGUUUUAUUAUCCGUUAUGAGUUCAAUUGGAUUUUAUUCAUAUUGUGGUAUUGCUGGUACAUUAAUUAUAUUUGAAGUUAUACCAUUUCUUGUCUUAGCUGUUGGUGUUGAUAAUAUAUUUAUUAUAGUACAACAUUUUGAAAAAGCUAAAGAAGAAGAAUAUCAAUCAUCAGAUAUACGUUUAGCAACAACAAUAAGUCGUGUUGGACCAUCAAUAUUAUUAACAGCAACAAGUGAAUCAAUUGCUUUUCUUCUUGGAUCAUUAACACCAAUGCCAGCUGUACAAAUUUUUUCUUUAUAUGCAUUUAUGGCUGUAUUUAUUGAUUUUCUUUUACAAAUAACAUGUUUUGUAUCUAUACUUGCAAUUGAUACUCGUCGACAAGAUUCUAAUCGACCAGAUUUAUGUUGUUGUUGUCAAAUAAAUAGUAUAAAUAAUUUAACUGAACAAAAAUCUAAAGGAAUAUUACAACAAUUAUUUACAAAUAUUAUAACACCAAUUAUUUUAGGAAAAUCAUUUAUACGUGCAAUCAUAUUUACAAUAUUUAUUAGUAUAACAUGUUUAUCAUUAUCAUUAAUACAUCGAAUACCUAUUGGUCUUGAUCAAAAAUUAUCAAUGCCAAAAGAUUCUUAUGUUUUAGAUUAUUUUUAUGGUUUAGAAAAUUAUUUAAGUAUUGGUGCACCUGUAUAUUUUGUUGUUAAUGAAGAUGCUAUUGAUUAUAAACGUACUAAUGAUCAAGAUUUAUUAUGUGGUACAUCUGGUUGUUCAUCUAUGUCAUUACUUGGACAAAUAGGACAAGCAUUACGACAACCUAAACGUUAUUAUUUAGCACAACCACCAUCAUCAUGGCUUGAUGAUUAUUUUGAUUGGUUACAAUCAACAAAUGAUCCACCUUGUUGUCGAAUAAAUAAUCAAACAAAAGAAUUUUGUCCAGCUACAUUAAAUAAUACAUUAUGUAUAAAUUGUCCUAUAGAAUUUAUUGAAAAUCAACGACCAUCUGCAAAUGAUUUUCAACAUUAUAUUAAUUUUUUUCUACAUGAUAAUCCAGGUGAAAAAUGUCCUAAAGGUGGUCAUGCUGCAUAUAAAGAUGCUGUACAAUUAAUUAAUAAUAGUUAUGUUAAAAGUUCAUAUUUUAUGGGUUUUCAUUCUAUACUUAAAACAUCAUCAGAUUUUAUUGAUGCUAUGAAAAGUGCUAAUGAUAUAGCAAAAAAUAUUUCAAAAACAAUAUUAAAUAAUCAAAGUAAAAUUUUUCAUGAUUCAAAUCAACUUCAAGAUUAUCCAGUUUUUCCAUACAGUGUAUUUUACGUAUUUUAUGAUCAAUAUGUAACCAUAUGGCGUAAUUUAAUUAUCAAUUUAUCAAUAUCAUUUGCUGCUGUUUUUCUUGUAACAUUUAUUUUACUUGGUUUUGAUAUUCAUACAUCAUUUCUCAUACUUCUAUGUGUUUUCAUGAUUAUUAUUGACAUGUUUGGUGUAAUGUACUUAUGGCAUAUUGAACUUAAUGCUAUAUCAGUUGUAAAUAUUGUUAUGUCUGUUGGUAUUGCAGUAGAAUUUUGUGCACAUAUAGCUCGAUAUUUUGCUGUAAGUCAAGGUAUAAAUCGAUUAUAUCGAGCAAAAAUUGCUUUAUCUGAAAUGGGUAGUUCAGUAUUUAGUGGAAUAACAUUAACAAAAAUUGGUGGUGUUGUUGUACUUGCAUUUUCUAAAUCCCAACUUUUUCAAGUAUUCUAUUUUCGUAUGUAUUUAUCAUUGGUUAUUAUUGGUGCAUUACAUGGUUUAGUUUUUCUACCAGUUCUACUUAGUUAUUGUGGUCCAAGUUCAUUGCCUUUAAUCGAUGAUAAAAACCAUGAACAUCAAACAACUGUAAUUGUGGAUAAUAUAUCCAAUGGAAUUGACAUUCCUGAUCAUGAAAUUUCUGUUCAAUUUCAUUCAACAGAUAAAGAUUAA